UCCUCCCAUCAGCUGUUAUUGUUUUGCUGUAUGAACAGUGGACGUUAAUGUCAUAAUAGCAGUAACGGUGUUGUUUGGCGAACGUGAACCCGCUUGGUGGACGGUUGUUAUCGUCGAUUCCGUCAUUUAGGCACCGUUCGCUCGCUCCCGCCUUUGCGUAUCACCCGAGUUCGUCAGUCCGGACAUUCCUCUCCCUGAGCACUGUGAGCGUGGCGUUUGGAGUCGGGGCAGCGGGAGGAGGGGAAGCGGGGCCCGGCGGGGAUCGACCCGAGCCCAAGGCCUCUGAGGUCGGCCAGCGAGAGGACAGGAAACUGGCGGCUCAGAUGGAUUCCCAGGGCGAAGUGGACGGCGCCCCUGAGAUGCUGCGAGGCUUCAUUUGUGCCUCGUUCAACCAGGACACCACUUCCCUGUCAGUGGGCACCAAGACUGGCUACCGUCUCUUCUCCGUCACCGCUGUGGACAAACUGGACUGCAUCCACGAAGGAGUGGAGUGUCCCGACGUGUGCAUCGUGGAGCGGCUGUUCUCCAGCAGCCUGGUGGUGGUGGUGAGCCAAUCCAUGCCGCGGCGAAUGAACGUCUAUCACUUUAAGAAAGGUACUGAGAUUUGCAACUACAGCUAUACCAACAACAUCCUCUCCGUCAGACUCAAUCGACAGCGGCUGGUGGUGUGUUUGGAGGAGUCCAUUUACAUCCACAACAUCAAAGACAUGAAGCUACUCAAGACCUUGCUCAACACCCCCACCAACCCUUCAGGUCUCUGUGCCCUGUCUGUCAACCAUGGUAACUCCUAUUUGGCAUACCCUGGCAGUGCCACCAUUGGAGAGAUUACUGUGUAUGACGCAAACAACCUGAGCACUGUGACGCUGAUCCAGGCCCAUGCCAGUCCCCUGGCAGCCCUCACAUUCAACGGCUCCGGCACCAAACUGGCCAGCGCUUCAGAGAAGGGCACUGUUAUCAGGGUGUUCAGCAUUCCUGAAGGACUGAGGAUGUUUGAAUUCCGGCGAGGGAUGAAGAGAUAUGUCAGCAUUAGUUCGCUGUCCUUCAGCGCUGAUGCCCAGUUCCUGUGUGCCUCCAGCAACACUGAGACGGUUCAUAUCUUCAAACUAGAGCAGCACAGCCCGAGUCAAGAGGAGGAGUCUCCCACAUGGUCUGCAUAUGUCGGCAAAAUGUUCACUGCUGCCAGCACCUACUUGCCGGCUCAGGUGUCCGACAUGAUGCAUCAGGACAGAGCCUUCGCCACCGUGCGGCUUAACAUGUUCGGCCUGAAGAACAUCUGUGCCCUGGCCACGAUUCAGAAGCUGCCUCGCCUGCUGGUGGCGUCAUCCGACGGGUAUCUUUACAUCUAUAAUGUGGAUCCACAGGAUGGAGGUGAAUGCGUGCUGGUCCAAAAACACAGGUUGUUUGAUGACAGCGAGGAGCAGGUGGGAGAGACGGAGGAGGAGACGUCAGGGGAGGUUUCCAAUCAACCGGUCAGCCAAUCAUACGCUGCCACUGUGGCGCUCCCCUCAAGCCCGCCCACCUCAACCACACUCGUGGGAUACUCCGAGGAUGGUGGAGCCCAGAAGGGGGAGGUCAUCCCCGAGCAUGAGUUUGCAGAAGGCCCCGUGUGUCUGGAUGAUGAAAAUGAAUUCCCCCCAGUCAGCAACUAAAUUAACUGUCAAAGCCCCACCCAUCUCCUUGUAUCCCAGAGUGAAUGAACUAAAGUCCCUUCUCCCCGCUGCCCACACAUACCCCUGCAGGUCGAGGGUCAUAUCCUACCGGAAUGUUACACUCUGGUCUUUCUGGAUUCUGUGUAGCUCAAUAAAUACACGACCUGAGAGUGCAAAGUUCACUCUUUAGGAACAUCUCAUGAUGAAAAAUCCCCUACACUGACAGAACAAUAGUGAAGGUGAUGUUACUUCAUUGAUUCACAAGAGCGAACCAGCAUUUGUAGGUUUGCGAGGGUCACUUUUCAGCCUGGUACAUCGCCAUGGUAACUUGUUUUGUUGACCUAACCGGGUACAUUUGAGAUAACCAAUCAAACAUGACACGAGCAGUGCGUAUUGACUAGAACAACAUUCCCAAAAGAACCUAUUGACCUUUUAUGUCACUGUUUGUGCUAAUGUACUGAGUAUUAGGGCCACACAGAACAAUACAUGCAAGAGUCAUUUACUUACAACCAUAAGGUAGAAUAAAUAUUUUAGCAGAAAGUAUGGUUUAGUAGUUAAUUAAGUUCCAAUACUGAGGACAAUGGUCAUAAUUUUAGAAAGAAAAAAGUCGUAAUAUCUGGAGAAUAGUCUUAUUUUCACACAAAAAAGGUUUAAGAAUGCAAAAAUAAAGUCAUAACUUUAAGUAGAAAAAGUAGUCAUUUUACAAGUAAAAAUGUAAUAAUUUCAAAAGAAAAGUUUGAAAACAAAGCCAUAAUUUUACUAGAAAAAAGUAUUAAAUUGAUAGAAAUAAAGUCAUAAUAUGAUUUUAAUAAUUUUGUGAGAAUAUAUAUAUAUACAUAUAUAUAUAAAUAUAUGAAAAUAUUUCAAGAAUAAAAUCGGAUUUUUUAAGUGGAAAAAGUAGUCAUUUUACAAGAAAAAUAAGAAUAAUUAAAAACUAAGAACAGAGACAUAAUUGUAUUAGAAAAACAAGUAUUUGAUUGGACUAAAGUUGUAAUAUUAAGAGAAUGCAAUGAUUUUCUGACAGCAAUUACAUAUUGUGAGGACAGAGUUGUAAUUUCAUCAGGAAAAAGUAAUACUUUUCUGAGAAUAAAGUUCUAACAUUGUGAGAGGAAAGUAAUAUUUUGACCAGAUUUUUUUUUCUGUUAUGAAAAUCUUGCAAGAAUAAAGACCAAAUUUUAAGUGGAAAAAGUAGUCAUUUAACAACAAAAAAAAAAUUUUUAGAAAAAUGUGAAAACAGCAUGAAUUUACUAGAAAAAAAGUAUUAAUUUCAUUAUAGUCGUAAUAUUAAGACAUUAAUAGGAUUUUCUGACAGCGAUGACGAACGCAUUGUGAAGAAAAAGUUAGAAUUGUAUUAAUAAAAUUAACUUGUGAAAAUAGUCAUAUUGUGAGGAAAGUGAUAUUUUGACCAGAAUUUAGUUUAUAUUAUGAAAUAUUGCACGAAUAAAGUCGUAAUUUUACGCAAAAAAGUGACAAUAUUGCUAGACUAAAGUUGGCCUUUACAAAGUCACGAGAAUGAGGUUGUACACCUCAUCUUGCAUCAAAUUCUAGUAUAGUGAGUUACAUGUUCCCAUAAAUAUUCUAAUUACCAUUGUUUUUAUUUUCGUGUGGCCUUAAUACUCAUGUAAUUAUGAGUAGACUUGCAGUAUUUUCAAAGUAAUUUCAAAAUAAGAAGUGGUACUAAAAGGUGAAACAGCUCCUACUUGAAAUGUAAACGUCAUAGUUGUAGCUUCUUGAAGUCUAUGACGUCAUACAGUAGACAUACUUUUCUAAAGCGCAUAUCUUGACCAAUGCUAGUUAAUUAGCAGGCCUAUUCUGUACCUUACAGCACAAACGUUGGGGAAAUUAGCUUUUUGUGUAAUCCUGAUGAAAACAAACCAAAGGGAGCGGGUGAAAAACCUCCUCAGUGGUGGUUAUUCUUCUCAAACUAAGAUGUCUUGUUUUUUUAUAUAUCUGCGCAGAAGGCUCCUUGCAAAGAGUGCAGUUUAAAUGUACCGUGCGGGCAUUUUUAAAAAAUUCUAUUUAAAUUAACAGAUCUGUGUAUGUUUUAGUCGCCAUCACCUCAAAAUAUGAGUAUUCCACACAGGAGAGCAUUUAAAUCCAACACGUUUGAAGUAUGAGGAUGCAGCCGUGCUACUAAUUGUAUUAACUUAGAUAUCACGAUGUGAGACAAGUGAAGAAGCCAGUGGAUAAAUGGGAAUCUGAUGAAGCGAUAAGUCCUUGAAUUUCAGACUAUUCACGACACGAUGCUGAAUAUGUUAAGUCAUGUUUAUUUUUACUAUGUGGGUAAAAGUAUUAAACGCAAACUGACCGUGCAUAGCUAUAUUUUGAAGGUUUUUUUUUUUUUUUUUACUAUGUGUAAAAUGUGUAUAUAACAUAUGUAACACCAUAAUUAUGCCAAAAGGUGGCACUCUUAGGACACCUUACACUACAUUGAAUUGUACCAUACUGACAAUAAAGAAUAGGGAAAAAAAAGUUGAUUCAGAAUUCAU